AUGCCGCGGCGGCCCCGGCUCUGGCUGCUGGCGUCACUGGCGGGCCGGUGGCGCGCCGCGGUGCUGGCCCGCCCGGAGGCCGCGGACGGCGUGUCCGAGGCCCGCCCUCUGGAGGCCGCGGACUACCUGUCCGAGGAGCACUUCCCGGGGCUGCACCUGCUGGACGUGGGGCCGGGCGACAUUCGCAUCUACAGGGGUUGCCAGCGGCCCCUGGGCGGGGCGGCCAUCGCCGUCCCCGCGGGGUGGGAGACGAUGGCCGCUGCGCGCGCCGCCUUCGAGGCAGCGCUCGGGAUCCUGCCGCCGGAGCCGCUCCAGACGCCGUGGGCCCUCUUCGACUCGCAGGGGUCCCGGCUGGAGAGUGUGCAGGCGCUGCUCGGCUUGCGGGUGGCGUUCCUGCUGGAAAUCGGACAGUGGAUGUGGCCCGCGGUGCGAGUUGGCUUCGUGCAGGAGGCUGCUGGCGCCCUGGAGGGGAAGCCCCUCAGGCUCAGGACGCUCUCUCUGAGGCCCGUCGUCUUCGAGGUGGAGGGCUUCAUGCAGUCCCACGAGGCGGAUAGGGUGAUCAGCAUGGGCAAUAAAACCGGCAUGUUCAAAUCCAGGGGGAUCCUCGAGAGUGCCGACAGGGUCAGCCAGCGCGCGCAGACGGAGUACCGCACGUCAACGCAGGCGUGGCUCCGGAGGUCCCAGUCGCCCGUGAUCGACGCGCUGGACCUGCGAACCGCGAACCUCACCCGCGUGCCGAGGGAGCACAAUGAGGAGGUUCAGCUGCUCAACUACGCUUCGGGCCAGUUCUACUCCUCCCAUCUUCGGCGACUGCAGCGCGUCUGGUUACGCCGGGGGCGUCGUUUGCCAUCGGCGCCAUAG